AAAAAAAAAAAAAAAAAAAAAAAACCAAAAACAGAAUUGGGUCCUUGAAAAAGAAAAAAAAGAAAAAAAUUGGGGAUUGGGGAGUACAAAUAUAUUGGGACUGUGUGUGUGUGAGUGUGAUUGAUUAUAAAGCUAAGGUAAAGACAGAAAGUUCCAAAACUAGAUUAAAGCCGUGCUAGUCCCAUUCUUGGAAAAUCAGAAAACCCAUACCCAGUCUUUGAAGAGAUUUAGAGAGAGAGAAAACAAAAAAAUGUCCGGAGGAAUCGCGCGUGGCCGUCUCGCUGAGGAACGAAAAGCCUGGCGUAAGAAUCACCCUCAUGGUUUUGUGGCUAAGCCCGAGACCUGUACUGAUGGCUCCGUCAAUUUGAUGGUCUGGCAGUGCAUCAUUCCUGGCAAACCUGGGACUGAUUGGGAUGGUGGCUUCUUUCCACUUACGCUCCACUUCAGUGAGGAUUACCCUAGCAAACCCCCAAAGUGCAAGUUCCCUCAAGGUUUCUUCCACCCAAAUGUCUACCCCUCAGGGACAGUGUGUUUGUCAAUCCUCAAUGAGGACAGUGGGUGGAGACCAGCCAUUACUGUAAAACAAAUUCUAGUUGGCAUUCAGGACUUGCUAGACCAACCCAACCCUGCUGAUCCAGCACAAACUGAUGGCUACCAGCUCUUUAUUCAGGAACCAACUGAGUACAGGAGAAGGGUGCGGCAGCAGGCCAAGCAGUAUCCCCCUCUCGUUUAGCAUUUUGAUGGAUGUGGUCAAAUUAUUUAACUUGUCCAUUAUUAAAUGCUUAAAGCCCUUUUAAGAUUGGACCGCGUCAUUGGCAGGAUUUUAGUUGUUUUUCAAACAUGGCUAUAAAUUUGUUAGGAGUGGAUUUGUCGUUACCAUGUUCACUGUGGAUAUAAUAAAAUAUGGUUGUAUUUAUGGUUA